UUUUCUCACUUGCUGGCUUCCAGGCUGCAGUGAUGUGCUUACAAUGUGAGUACCUUGUCUCUCCAUUAAUCUCUUUAGUCUCACCCUUCUCUCAUAUUCCUGGGUAGGGGAUCUGGCAAUAACAGGACUCAGGACCCUUAAGUUCAUACAUGUGGGGACCAGUGUCAGGCCCUAAAGAGGAGAAUCUUAAGGGCCAUGACUGACUGGCAUAAUGAUUCGGUGCGAGGCCACCAGGAGCAGGAGCCAAACACUGACGAGUACCAAAGAUCAGAGUGUGUUCUUGGCUACAUCCCUGUUAUCUACUACAGCAUCUUGCUGUGUGUGGGAUUUCCAGUGAACAUCUUAACACUGGUGGCUCUGUCCCGUUUGACUGCACGCACCCAGAAGUCCCUGUACGUCUACCUGAUGGCACUGACCAGCUCAGACCUGCUUAGCCAGCUCUUCAUCAUUUUUGUGGGGUUCCUACUGGAGACUGCUGUGUUCCACCGCGAGGUGCCCGCCGUUCUGUUGAGGUCAGUCAGCGUGCUGGAGUUUGCUGCUAAUCAUGCUUCUAUCUGGGCCACUGUACCUCUAACUGUGGAUCGCUACGUUGCACUGUGCCAUCCACUGCUCCAUCGUCAGAUCAGUUACCCAGCACGGGCUCGGCGCAUCGUCGCUGCAGUCCAGGCAGUGGCACUGGCAUCGGGUGUGCCCUUUUUCUGGUGGUCAGACAUGUGGAGGGUGAGCCGCCCACCUGGUGCAGUUGAUUUCGCCCUCAUAUGGGCCCAUGUGACUAUCAUCUACUUCCUGCCAUGCAGUAUCUUCCUGGUGCUCAACUCCCUCAUUGUUCUGCGUCUCAGAAGGCGGCAGCACCGGUGUCAGGACGAAAGCAGGCAGCAGCAGCUGACAUCAGUAAGCAGGCUGGGAAAAACCACAGCAAUGCUUUUUGCCAUCACCUCUGUGUUUGCACUGCUGUGGGCACCCCGUACAGCCGUAGUGCUCUACCACCUUUAUGUGGCAUCUGUGCACAGAGACUGGCGCGUGCACUUGGCAUAUGACCUAGCCAACAUGCUAGCCAUGCUUAACACAGCUGUGAACUUCUUCCUCUACUGCUUCGUCAGUAAACGCUUCCGAGGGGUUGUGAAGGAUGUGUUGCUUCUGAGAGGGGCACCGCUUUAUCCUCAAAGGUCCUGCCGUCUAAGACAGGCUUCCGCUAAUGCCUCGAACUCAUCUCUGUCCAGUGGUGCCAUGCGCUCUCACAGACAUGCCAAUGCUUGGGAUUGUCCUUAACUGAUACCACCCUCUAAAACAAAAAACACAUUUACCCCCAAGCCCUGGACAUCUCCAAGCUGCCUCUAUCUUCAAAAGAAUGGAGUUGAUGGACAGCAGCUCACUCCAUCUCCUCUGCCAGCAAAUUCCAGCAUCUUUAGUUCAUUUGUGUUAAUUAUUCUACUGUAGGGGUUAUCUCUCUGUGCACAGAUAUAUUUUGGCUCAACAUAUGAAUGUAAAAUGUUCCAUGGAAGGCUGUAAAGUCACUACACUGUGUGCACAAUUUUUAGGCAAAUGAGUAUUUUGACCAAAUCAUCAUUUUUAUGCAUAUUUUCCAAGUGCAAGCUGUAAAAAACAUGAACGCUUAUUGCAUUUAAGCAUAUCAGGUGAAGUGUAUUUGUUUAAUGAGAGAGGGUGUGGCCUAAGGAGAUCAACAACCUAUAUCAAGGUGUGCAUAAUUAUUAGGCAGCUUUUUUCCUCAGGAAAAAUGGGCCGAAGAAGAGAUGAACUGACUCUAAAAAGUCAAAAAUUCUUUUAGAGGAAUGCAGCUCUCUUGAAAUUGAUUGAUAUUGGGGUGUGAUCACAGAACCAUCAAAGACGUUCUGUUGCAAAUAGUCAACAGGGUCACAAAAAAAGGUGUUGAGAAAAAAAGAUUAACUUAAAAUUAACUACCAAAGAUUUGAGAAGAAACAAACGUGAAGCUACUGGGAACCCAUUAUCCUCCAGUGCUGUCAUAUUCCUGAACUGCAACCUACCUGGAGUCCCCAGAAGUACACAGUGUUCUGUGCUCAGAGACAGGGCCAAGGUAAGGAAGGCUGAAACCUGACCACCACAGAACACCACACAUAAGCUGAAGACUGGGCCAAGAAAUAUCUAAAGACAGAUUUUACAAAGGUUCUUCAGACUGAUAGGAUGAGAGUGACUCUUGACAAACCAGAUUGAUGGGCACGUGGCUGGAUCAGUAAUGGGCACAGAGCUCCACUUUGACUCAAGGAGCAAGGUGGACAGGUAUGGGCUUGUAUUAUUGAAGAUGAGCUAGUUGGACCAUUUCUGGGUGAAGAUGGACUCAAAAUCAACUCCCAAACCUACUGCCAGUUUUUAAAAGACAGUGGUACAGGAAAAAGUCUGCAUCUUUCAAGAAGGCCAUGAUAUUUAUGUAGGACAAUGCUUCAUUGCAUGCAGCGAAGUACUCCACUGUGUGGCUAGCCAGUAAAGGCCUUAAAGAUGAAAGAAUAAUGACAUGGCCCCCUUCCUCACCUGACCUAAACCCUAUUGAGAUUUACAGUGAAGGAAAACAGUACACCUCUCUGAACAGUGUCUGGGAAGCUGUGGUUGCUGCUGCACAAAAAGUUGAUCCUCAACAGAUCAAGAAACUGACAGACUCUAUGAAUGGAAGAUUUAUGAGUGUCAUUGAGGAGAAGGGUGGCUAUAGUGGUAAUUUUUUUUUUUUGGUCAGAAAUGUUUAUUUGUAAAUUUUAUGAAAAUAAACAAGUGAGAUGAUAAGUUUGUUGUUUUUCAUUUAGUUGCAUAAUAAUUCUGCACACUAAUAGUUGCCUAAUAAUUGGGCACACGUAGAUAGAAGGAAGCCAAAACCUCACUUUUAUUGCCGUAAAUAUUCGGGUUUGAGGUUUUUUUUUUAACAUUUUGGAUUAACCGAGACCACUGUAAUUCUUCAAUAAUGAAAUUAAUCCUCGAAAAUACAACUUGCCUAAUAAUUGUGCACAAAGUGUAUUUUGUGUCUGUCUUAAACUUUACAUAAUACACCGGUAGCUCUUAAUUAGAGGGAGGUAUAUGACAUUCUGAUUUUGUUUGGGUCUAGGCUAUUUGAAUGGUCAGAUAAAGAAAUAUAGAAAUAUGAGAGAUGAGAUGAAAUGUACCUUUAUUAGUUCCCUGUAGGGGAAAUUCAAGCAGCACAAGAGGAUUAACAUCAAGAAAACCUAGACAUCAAAAAUAUUCUAAAACAAAGACAACAAAAAAUGUGUUUGUUUAUAUAUAGAUGUGAGCCAAGACAAACAGGCAAGUCAUAGGGUGUCAGGUCAGUGCGAUUAGAACACACUUCCACAACUGAAUCAGGUUCGAUUAGGAUGUAUGUCUGAUUGUCUUCAAGACCCUUUGAAGUGGCACGGGAAAGAAAUGUGGGACCAGAAAUCCAUAUGGAGUCUUUCAACUCUGAGGCAGAUGAAUGUGUUGCAUGGUCAGCAGGGAAUAUAAUGCCACUGUUCUGGCCUUGUACUCACGUAUACAUAAAACCGUCUGGUUUCAUUAUGAAUAUAUCCCAACACCACUUUACUGUCCGAAUAAAAUUCUACAGUAUUUGAGGUAAUGUCCAACUCAUUUUGAAUGACUUCUGCCACUUCUACUGCAAGGACUGCUGCUCCUAGUUGUAACCUACUGUAGGUACAGUAUGUGCGGACAGCAGAGCAAGCUUAGCCUUGCCUAACCCUACAUCACAUGAUCUCUACGCAUCACUCGCAGGUAGGCUACUUGUGGAAGCAUCUGAAAAAAUAUGAAUUUCUUAUGAAUUUCUUAUGGAUUUCAGUCUAUCACGGCGUAGUGUGUUACCAAUUGUUUUCUUGGUGACUAUGGUCCCAGCUGCCUUGAAAUCAUUGACAAAAUCCUCCAGUGUAAUUCUGGGCUGAUUCCUCGCCGUUCUCAUGAUCAUUCAAACUCCAUUAGGUGAGAUCUUGCAUGGAACCCCAGACCGAGGAAGAUUGACAGUCCUUUUGUGUUUCUUCCAUUUGGGAAUAAUCGCACCAACUGUUGUCACCUUCUCACCAAGCUGCUUGACGAUGGUCUUGUAGCUCAUUCCAGUCUUGUGUAGGUCUACAAUCUUGUCCCUGACAUCCAUGGACAGCUCUUUGGUCUUGGCCAUGAUGGAGAGUUUGGAAUCUGAAUGACUGCAGAUUUCUGGCUCCCAGGUGUCUUUCAUACAGUUAAUGAGCUGAGAUUAAGAGCACUCCCCGAGAGUGCUCCUACUGUAAUCUCAGCUCCUUACCUGUAUAAAAGACACCUGGGAGCCAGAAAUCUUUCUGACUGAUAGGGGAUCAAAUACUUAUUUCACUCAUUA